GAUUUUUUUGAUUYCUCUGUUCUUUCCAUUGUUUUGUUUUAAAGAAUUCGACAUCAGAUCUCCAUCGAUAUGCGUCUAACUUGUGAUAUUUGUAUUGCUAGUCGUUCAAGUAACUCUGGCACUUCUCGUAUGCAAGGAAAACCUGUACGGGCUUCGAUUUCUGUGGGUCGUAAGGACGGACGAGGUGAAGAUGGUAGAAGUACUGUGUUUCUUCUAGUCUGUACAGCCAAGGAGAAGUCUGGAACGAAAUAUAAGGUUCAUGGUAACAUUCUACAAGUAUUCAACAAGUUUGUACAAGAUGGAAAGGCAACUAUUCGUGUUAAUGAGCCUCCCCAUGAUCUGUUUAUUAGCAAAGCUGAUCCUUCAAGUCUAAGAUCYCUUCUGUCCUUGUUGAAGCUCAGUGCCAGAGAUUUGGAUAAAGCAGCUUUAACCACCUUGGCUCCAGCCAAGCUUGUUGAUUUAGAAAGACCAAAGAAAGACCUUUUGGUGACCAGAAGGGUUGAUUACCCCUUGACCAAACCUUUCCCWGAACAAAUCCACAACCUUGUUAUAUCUAACUGCUACAUGAAAAAAUUUGACAGAAGAAUCCUUCUACUAAAAGAACUAACUUCUUUGUCRCUGUCUGAUAACAUAUUUAAGGAAAUACCCCUUGGUAUUACAAAUAUGGCUAAACUAUCUGAACUUUCUCUGGUUAAUAAUAACAUUGAUGAGAUUGACUGGAAACUAAUUUCUGGACCACUUGCAGUAUCACUGCGAUUCCUGGACUUGCGGAAUAACAAUCUUGAAUAUCUGCCAUCCACAUUUUGUGGGUUUAAGAAAUUAGUUCACCUGAAGCUUGAUGGUAAUAGACUUGUAUUGUUACCACAAAGGAUAGGAAGCCUUGGUAAUUUAAGGUUCCUUACAGCAAGUGCAAAUAAGCUAAAAAUAUUGCCCAGCAGCUUGAGGAAUUUGAGACUGGAAUCACUGGAUUUGUCAAGCAAUCCRUUCCUUGAGGACAAAGAUUAUCAUCCAAUAGACUGUCAAGGCUUUCCAUCUUUGCUGGAGUUGGCUGGCCAGGUAGCAAGAAAAUACAAGUGCCCGUACAACCCUCGCAUAAUACCAUCAUCUCUGUGUCAUUACCUGGACAGUGCAAAGCAGUGUCACUGUGGCAACUACUGUUUCAAAUCCUGCAUUCACAGCAUCAUUAAGAUCAAUAUUCAGGAUAUUUCACAUACUGUUGUAUCAGCUGGAUCUGUACAGAACCUUCUGCCUGCAGAAAUCUUCUUGUGUUCUCAAAAAUGUCUAGUUUCAUCUCAACUAGCACCACACUUAUCCUAAURCUAGCUUUCUAUUUCUAUCCUUUGAAGAUUUUUGCUGAAUCUUUUCUGAAUAUGGUGAUUGUCAUCGCUACCAUGCUGCAUGGUUGUGACUUUAAUAGAGAGGAUUUUUCUACAGUGUCUUUUGCUAGAACAACUAACAAACCAAUGUCUUUCAUAUCUUCAGUCUUUAUGGCAGUCUUCAGACUUUUUUGGUUAUAGAUCCAAUCUGAUUAACUAUAGUGUUAAAAUGRAACGUUAAAGCACUGAAGACAGGAAAACAAGGGGAUGAAUAGUUCUCGCACACUCGCUCCCAACUUCUGCCAACGUCAUGCAAGAAGCUUUAGCUUUUAAUGCUUUUUCUAACUAAAAAAUGACCCAGCACUUGUGAUCCCCCCCAACUAACAUGCAGCCCUGCACUGUGCUAAUCGUUUUUUCUCAUUCAUGUACAUUUGUCUAAUUGAAUUA